CAUUGAGAGGCAGACAGCGAUACCCCUGUAAAUGUAAUUGAAAACCGAGAAUAAAAAACAAAUCCGUUCAAAUUCGUGGAUUCGAAAUAUUUCAAAUCUAAGAGAAAGCGCCUUGAAUGAUGGACAUUGUUUCAGGUCCGAUCGGUUCGUGUUCGAAAGAACAUCAAAAGAUCUAUCAGGAUUGGUUUAACUAUGCCGACUCCGAUGGCGAUGGCCGCCUUACGGGAAACGAUGCGACCAAGUUCUUGGCCAUGUCCAAGUUAUCUCGGUCAGAACUCAAGGAGGUCUGGGCCAUUGCAGAUUCCAAACGACAAGGAUUUCUUGGUUUCAAAGAGUUCAUUACUGCAAUGCAGCUAAUUGCUCUGGCACAAGCAGGACAUGAAAUAACACUAGACCUUCUUAGCAGUGGAAUUGACCUGGAGAAUUUAAACCCUCCAGUGAUGGAAGGUUUGACCAUUUUAAUGGCUAAAAUUAAACAAGCACCCAAAAAACCUGAAUCUGAAAAAGCUAAUUGGUUUUCUUCUUCAAGAUCUUCAAAGAAGUUAUUUUUAAACUCAGUUACCUCAAUAGUUGAUGGCUUGAAGAAGCUGUACACUGAAAAGCUAAAACCUUUGGAGGUUACCUACCAUUUUAAUGAUUUUGUAUCUCCCUUAUUGACAAAUAGUGAUUUUGAUGCAAGGCCUAUGGUAAUGCUUUUGGGUCAGUAUUCCACUGGUAAAACAACAUUCAUAACACACUUGCUUAAAAGUAGUUAUCCAGGUGCUCACAUUGGACCAGAACCCACAACUGACAGAUUUGUUGUUGUUAUGUCAGGGCAUGAUGAAAGGAGUAUUCCAGGGAACACUAUUGCUGUUCAGGCAGAUAUGCCAUUUGGUGGUCUGACAACUUUUGGAACCACAUUCUUAUCAAAAUUUCAGUGUUCCCAGAUGCCACAUCCACUGCUAGAGCAUAUUUCAUUUGUGGACACACCUGGAGUUUUAUCUGGAGAAAAGCAACGAACACAACGAAGCUAUGAUUUUACAGGUGUUACAUCAUGGUUUGCAGCAAAAUGUGACCUCAUUCUUCUUCUGUUCGAUCCUCAUAAGCUUGACAUAAGUGAUGAAUUCAAACGAGUAAUUGGAUCUCUACAUGGUAAUGAUGACAAGAUACGUGUUGUUCUGAACAAGGCUGAUCAAGUUGAUACGCAACAAUUGAUGAGAGUUUAUGGGGCACUAAUGUGGUCACUUGGGAAAGUUCUAAAUACUCCUGAGGUUAUGCGUGUCUAUAUUGGUUCAUUCAAUGACAAACCAGUGAACGAAGUAGCCACUGGUCCAAUUGGGAAGGAGCUUUUUGAGAAAGAACAAGAAGACCUUCUUUCUGAUUUGAAAGAUAUUCCAAAGAAAGCUUGUGAUCGCAGAAUCAAUGAAUUUGUAAAACGUGCAAGAGCUGCUAAGAUUCAUGCCUACAUAAUCAGCCACCUUAAAAAGGAGAUGCCAGCAAUGAUGGGCAAAGCUAAGGUUCAGCAGAGACUUCUUGAUAAUCUAGAAGAUGAAUUUUCUAAGGUCCAAAAAGAGUUUCAUCUCCCAGCUGGGGAUUUCCCAAAUAUUGAACAAUUCAGAGAGAUUUUAAGUGGUUAUAACAUAGAUAAAUUUGAGAAGUUGAAGCCUAAGAUGAUAAAAGCUGUGGAUGAUAUGCUGGGUUACGAUAUCCCAGAACUCCUGAAGAACUUCAGAAACCCCUAUGAGUGAGAAGCUGUUAGUUAAAAGACAUCAGCCGCUGAAGAAAUGAGAUAAGGUUGAGCAACUGCAAACCAUAUGCUGUAGGGCCUUGUACAUCUGAAAAUCCUGCUUUUUUCUUCUAUUAUGUCAUUGUUCUAGUAGCAUUUUGAGAUUUUUCCAUGCUCAAAUGUGUCACCAUUUGCAACCGGUGGACUUCUGAAGAUCCAAAUUAAGGAGAGCCAGCCUUUCUCUAAAGGUGAGUCUUGUGACUAUGAUUGGCUUCAGAAUGGCUAUUAAUUUUUAUUAAUUUCCAAUUACAUAAGUUGGAAAAUAUUGUAACUACUCCUAACAUCUGUAUUCUUUUAUCUGUAUGCCUUUUUAUAUAUUUAUUCCAUGGAUGCAAGGGCAUGCUACCACCAUUCACUUA